ACGCGGGUUCCUCUUCUGUGUUUGUAAAUUGUACACUGGAGACGCAACUGUGUUGAGAGCUCAGCGCGCAAAUGUGUUUUUCCAAUGUUGAUAAACAUUUAUUUUUCGUAUUUCAUUUGAAUAUUACCGCUCCUUGAGGACAUAGAGGGCAGAGAGCUUGACGACGUAGUUGAACUUCCCCACAAAAAGCGAGCGAGAGAAGAGAGGUGAACAUUGCAGUCUAACAUGGUUUUCAGUCAGAUGGAUGCCGCUAAAGCCUUGACGGAAGCAGCGGCUAAAGGGAACCUCGGCGAGGUGCAGAGGAUCUUGGAGGAAUGCAGGCUGCAUCCCGAUACUGUCAAUGAGUUUGGCAGGACAGCACUACAGGUAAUGAUGAUGGGAAACUCCAAGGUUGCAGAUCUGCUCCUGGAAAAAGGAGCAGAUCCCAACGUCCAGGACAAGCAAGGGAUUGCGCCGGUCCAUGACGCCGCCCGCACAGGAUUUCUGGACACGCUUCAGGUUCUGGUGGCGCACGGUGCCUCCGUCAAUGUGGCGGACCAGGUCGGCGCUCUGCCCAUCCACAUCGCCAUCCGAGAGGGCCACCUGGACGUGGUGGAGUUCCUGGCGCCGCGCUCCGACCUGAAGCAUGCCAACGCAAGCGGUCAGACUGCAAUAGACGUGGCUCGAGCGUCACACGAGCCAGACAUGGUCCACCUGGUGUUUGCUCACAUUCACUCUUAGUCUCUGCUGGCUUGUUGGUGUGCUAAUCUUAACCUCAUAUGUUUGUUGUGUGUGUCGUUCAAACCUGGUGACUUGAAUUCAUUGCUGUGUAAAAGGUUUGUUUUUGUUCAUUGUAGCUCAACUUGCAUGCGUGACGCAGGACAUUUUGUCAUGGCAGCUUCUUUUUCAGUGAGUGGGUGGCUACACACAGUAGGCACCUCUUUUGCACAGUGCAAUUUAGGCACCUUAUAUACAAAUGUUUAUCUCUUUGGGAGUGCACAUUAGCCCGUUUCCCUCCCAGUGUUUUUGUCACGAUUGCAUCAUUUGCAUUGUGUAUCCGUUGAUAACUUGUGUUUUUGUUUUCAAUUUGAUGACUCUUCAAAUGGUGCAGCGUAAUUACAUUGUAUAGUUGUUUCCUAUUAACUAGAUGAACUUAGACUUUCAAUUAUUUAUUGUUGUUGAAAUAGCAGUAAUAUUCUUGUGACUUUGUAAAAUGCAUCAUUCAUUGUGAUUUGUUGAAAUGUUAUUUAUACAAAUAAUACUUUUAAUACAAAAGUGAAAUGUUUCACUUUUCUAUUUGAAUACGAAAGCACAAAAAUAAAAGUU